GUCAGGCGUUCGGGGGGGAGGCAUGGACGACGUGGACAAGUGCCUGGAGAAGCUCAAGCGGUGCGAGCUGCUGUCGCAGGCAACGAUCAAGGACAUCUGCACCCGGGUCAUUGACGUCCUUCUGGACGAGUCGAACGUGUGCGAGGUCGACGCGCCGGUGACUGUUGUGGGUGACGUCCAUGGUCAGUUCUACGAUCUGCUGGAGAUCUUCCAGAUCGGCGGCGAGUGCCCCGAUACGCGAUACCUGUUUCUGGGCGACUACGUGGACCGCGGGCACUUUAACCUGGAGACGAUCACGCUGCUGACGUGCCUCAAACUCCGGUGGCCGGACCGCAUCACGCUGCUGCGCGGCAACCACGAGUCGCGGCAGAUUACACAAGUGUACGGGUUCUACAAAGAGGUCGUGCAAAAGUACGGGUCGGCCGACGUUUGGUCGUACUUUUGCGAGGUCUUUGACUACCUCCCGCUCUCGGCCAUCAUUGCCGGCAAGAUCUUCUGUGUCCACGGUGGGCUCUCGCCGGCGGUGCUCUCGGUUGACCAGAUCAAGCUCAUCGACCGCUUCCGCGAGCCGCCGUCCGAGGGCGUCUUUGCUGACCUGCUGUGGUCGGAUCCGUCCGACCGUGACGGAUUCAACCUCUCACAGCGCAACGCCGGCCAUCUGUUCGGCAAAGACACCGUCGAGCGUUUCCUGCACGUCAACGGCCUCUCCACUGUCCUUCGCGCCCACCAGCUGUGCAUGGAAGGCUACCAGAUUCACUUUGACGGCUUGCUGGCCACCGUCUGGUCCGCGCCCAACUACUGCUACCGCUGCGGCAACGUGGCGUCCAUCUGCGAGAUCGACGCCUCGCUCAACCGCGAGUUCAACGUCUUCUCCGCUGCGCCCGAGGACCGCCGUGAGGUGCCGUCGGGCCAGGCCAAGCAGGUGCCCGAUUACUUUCUUUGACUCUCAACAAGACACUGCCGUAAACAGGAGCCAGCAACACGGCUUGCGAGCGAGGCAGGGCUCGACCGGCUGCAGGCAGGAAACGAAAAAGCACUUUACCACUCCUC